AAAAAAAAAAAAGUCUGUGCAAGUCUCCUGCUUAUUGCAGAGCGCACUCUCCCUCUCUCUCUCUCUCUUUCUAUUUUAAGUGUGCAUGUGGAUUCAUUUGAGAACUGAUAGCAUUCAUUUCUCCACUCAUCUUGCUCUCCAUCUUCAACUUCUUGGAGUACGGGUUGCCUUUAAGCUGUCUCCUCUCAAUUAGAAGAUGAGAAAGAGCCUUCAAUGACUAGAUGGAAUUCUCUCAUUCUCUAAUUCUAUAGGAAAUCAUUUGAUUCUCUGAUAUCAAGUGGCCAAGCAGAACAAAUAUAAAACUUCAUUGUGAUCAUGCAAGAUAAAAACAAGAAUUCCUGUGCCAAUUUAAGGAAAUCUCCCGAGCAGCUUGCAGGUUCCAGUAGUGCUUCUCCAAGUAUAAUUUCUGAAAUAGCUUUCAAACCAAAGGCUGUCAGGUUGAAACCUGUAGCUAAUCUUUCAUCUGAAAUAGCCUUCAAAUGUGAUGCAUCAGUUCAAGCAGCUUCAAUGGCUUUGGAUAUGGAAUCAAUUGAUAUAUCAAAAGAAAACUCAAAAACUAUCAUCUUGUACAGACCAAUUGCUCAGGUUGUUCCAAGCUCAGUGUUGCUGAAAAAAUUGGAAAACCAUGAAGAGCAUAAACAAACAUUACUAGAUGUACACUUCCAACCUCAAGAACUAAAUCAAGUAAACUGUAGCCAAUCCACUAUGAGUCUUCAUCAAAGUUUGACAUCAUCAAGCAAUGCAAAUAAUUUUCUCUGCUCUUCAAAUUCUUCUCAUGAGAGUAAGAAAACUAAAGUGAAAUCUCAACAGAUAACAAAGAAUGGAGAUCGAAAUUCUUUGGAUGGAUAUAAUUGGAGAAAGUAUGGGCAGAAGCAAGUAAAAGGAAGUGAAUAUCCAAGAGGCUACUAUAGAUGUACACAUCCAUUUUGUCCUGUGAAGAAGAUGGUUGAGAGAUCAAAAGAUGGAGAAAUAUCUGAAAUUGUCUAUAGGGGAGAUCAUAAUCACCCAAAGUCUCAAAAAAAAGAGCAGAUUUCAUCUUCCAGAUUAAGAGAACAGACAAGUGUUCUUGAUGGAAAUGGUGGAAACUUCAUGGACGAUCGAGCGUUUACUGAUUUUCUUCUUGAAGAGAAUUUGCUUGAAAAUAAGACAGAAAAUUGUGAUGUUGAAGACUUCUUAGAUACUGGCAUUAAUAGGAAGGCACUCUACUCUGAUGAUUCAGAUACGGUUCUUCAUGCUCUUUCUCUUAGUUUUGGUGCAGAUCUCAACGGAGGAAAAGCUGCUGCAUUUUCCACCAGGGAUGGUUAUGAGAAGAAGAGUCAGAAAAGAAAAAAUGGUGAAAACACAAAUGAAUCUUCAGUGGCAGCACAUAAAACUUCAACACCUAAAGUAGUGGCUGCAGUAAAUCACAAACAUACAACUGAUGAUGGCUAUCAAUGGAGGAAAUAUGGACAGAAGGUUGUUAAGGGUAACUCUUAUCCAAGAAACUAUUAUAGAUGUACCAAUCAGAACUGUAGCGCUCGCAAGUAUGUAGAGAGGGCAUCAGAUGAUCAUGGUUCAUUUAUCACAACAUAUGAAGGGGAUCACAAGCAUUAAUGGAACUGAUGGAGAUGACAAGAAUGCUAUUGGCAUUAGACUCUUAUACUGCUGCUCUUUAUAACAUUGGAGGAAACUUUUGGGUUAUACAAGGCUUAAUUACUUGGUUCACUUCUUAUUUUUAGUUCUCUCUGAUAAACUUGAAUCGGAUCGAUUUUAAAUUUUUUUUUUUUUUUCAUUUCUAAAA